AUGGAGAAAGAAAUUUCACCCAAAGCUGAAGUCGCCGAGCUAGAGCUUGAAGCAGUGAUUGGCUUUAACGGACAUGUACCAUCCGGCCUGAAAUGCCAUCCCGACCAGGAACAUCUGGUUUUCCCUCUGGGUUGCACGAUCCUAAUUCAGUCAAUAAAUAAAAAGGAUCAGAAAUUCCUACAUGGGCACGACAACAACGUCUCCUGUAUAGCCAUCUCGAAGAGCGGAAAUUACAUUGCUUCUGGACAAGUCACUUUUAUGGGCUUCAAGGCAGAUGUCAUUUUGUGGGAUUAUAAGAAAAGAGAACUGAUUGCUCGCCUCUCACUUCACAAGGGCAAAAUUGAAGCUUUGGCCUUUUCACCAAAUGAGUUGCAUCUGGUAUCACUAGGUGGCCCAGACGAUGGAAGUGUUGUAGUGUGGAGCGUAGCCAAGAGAGAAGCUAUAUGUGGCAGUUCUGCAGCUGGCCUCAAUGUAGGAAAUGCCUCCGCGCUCACUUUCUCCAGGAGUCGAGAUGAUAUGUUUGUCACUGCUGGAAAUGAGACCAUUCGGGUCUGGGAACUAGAUCUUCCAAAUAGAAAAAUUUGGCCAACUGAAUGUAAGACAGGCCAGACCAAAAGAAAAGCAAUGAGUAUUACUAUGAUGGAUAAUGACAACUAUUUCUACAUUGGCACCACAAGUGGAGAUAUUCUAAAACUGAACCCUCAUACUAAAAUGUUAUCAGACACUGGGCCCAUUAAGGACAAAUUUAGCCUGGGAGUAUCAGCUGUCAAGUGCCUGAAGAUGGGGGGGCUAUUGGUAGGCUCCGGAGCUGGACUGCUACUUUUCUGUAAAGGCCCCAACUACAAACCCAUCAAGAAACUGCAGUUUCAAGGUGGCAUCACGUCUAUCACACUUCGAGGGGAAGGACACCAGUUUUUUGUAGGGACAGAAGAGUCGCACAUUUAUCGCGUCAACUUCACAGACUUCAAAGAAACUCUCAUUGCAAGUUGUCACUUUGAAGCUGUACAGGAUAUUGUCUUUCCAUAUGGUACUGCUGAGCUGUUUGCAACUUGUGCAAAGAGGGACAUCAGGGUGUGGCACACACUGUCCAACAAAGAAUUGCUGCGAAUCACUAUCCCCAACAUGACUUGCUACAGUCUUGAUUUCAUGAAAGAUGGCAAGAGUAUCAUUUCUGCUUGGGAUGAUGGUAAAAUCAGAGCCUUCACACCAGAGACGGGUCGACUGAUAUAUGUCAUCAGCAAUGCCCACAGAAUAGGAGUGACAGCUAUUGCUACCACCAGCGACUGCAAAAGGAUCAUCAGUGGCGGUGGGGAAGGGGAGGUGAGAGUGUGGCAGAUAGGUUGCCAGACUCAGAAGCUGGAGGAAGCCCUGAAGGAGCACAAAUCUUCUGUGUCUUGUAUUAGAGUGAAGAAGAACAAUGAAGAGUGUGUCACGGCCAGCACAGAUGGAACUUGCAUCAUUUGGGACCUGGUACGUCUUAGGAGGAAUCAGAUGAUCCUGGCCAACACACUAUUCCAGUGCGUUUGUUACCACCCAGAAGAAUUUCAGAUUAUCACCAGUGGGACAGACAGAAAGAUUGCUUACUGGGAAGUAUUUGAUGGGUCAGAAAUCAGAGAGUUAGAAGGUUCCUUGUCUGGAUCAAUAAAUGGUAUGGACAUCACAGUAGAAGGAGAACAUUUUGUCACAGGUGGGCAUGAUCAUCUAGUCAAAGUUUGGGAUUAUAAUGAAGGUGAAGUGACUCACGUCGGGGUUGGGCACAGUGGAAACAUCACGCGCAUCCGGAUAAGUCCUGGAAAUCAAUACAUCAUUAGCGUAAGUGCUGAUGGAGCCAUUUUGAGAUGGAAGUAUCCGUUCUCCUCCUGAAAUACCAGAAUGUCACCAAUUCAGGGCACUGGACAGUUCUGUUGAAGACUAAGUUUAGAUGAUGUCAGGGUUGGUCCUUUUUUCUUACAUGUGGUUACUGGAUCCAUUUUACAUUCUUAAAUUAUAUAUGUUAAUUGA